GCCUUUAGAGCGGAUGAACGGCAGCCGCUGGUCAGUCGCUCGCGGAGCGUUGUCGUGUACGGUCAUACUAGCAGACGAGACACAUCAAGCUCAUACACACACACACAUGUAGAUACAAAGAUACAAAAGAUACGCAACAAGAAACUGAACUGCAGACUCUGCAACUGCAGUUGCAACCGAGAAGCGCUGACUAGCGAAAUUAUAAAGCGAGAGUUAUAUAUCUAUCUGUAUAUAUAUUCUCAUUCCAUUUGAUUAAUACGAUUUCGAGUACCAAUUCGAGUUCGAGUUCCAGUAUUUGGUUUGUUUUUCCAUUUUUUUCGACCCAGAAGAGAGACAAAAUAGAUACGGAAAAAGGAGGACGUAUAAACUUUUAAUUUUUGAAAAACUCUUAAAUCUCCAAGUGUAAGAAAUAUAAACGGAAAAAAUCAAGAAAGUCAGAGAGAAAAACUAAAAAGAGGACCAACUCACCAAAAAUGAAUCCGACGCCCGUGGGCAUUGGAUUCGGAUUUGGUCGCAAGCCGCCCAACAAGGCCAGAAUGCGUUCCCGUUGGCGGCCAUUAUCCGGCCCGGUGGCGGCGACAAUCCUGCCACUAGCCGGGGGCGACAGCCCUGUCGCCAACACAGAUACACUGACGCAAUUAACGCAUAAAAUUAAUAACAACACCAGCCAUCCAGAACAACUGCAAAAUGAUAAGAAUGAUGAUGAAAUCAGACGAAGCAGGAGCAGUCGUGCAGUCCACCCACAAAAAAGUAAUUACCAUCCACAGUACCACCGCCUGCGCGGCCAGGUGACAACCCUGGCAAUGCUAUUAGUGGCCCUUGUGGCCUUGAACAACCUUGAGAGCCUGUUAGCCGUGCGAACCGAAGGACCGCGCAAUCGUCAUGGACCACCAGGUGGCAGCUUGGGCAGCACAGGUGGCAGCAAUAUCGGGGGCAUCAAUGCGGAGUGUCCGACGGACUCGUUUCGUUGCAACAACGGCAAGUGCAUCUCGCACCACUGGGUCUGCAAUUACCAAAAGGACUGUGACGAUGGCGAGGACGAGAUGCAAUCCUGUCCCCCACCGGAAUGCGAGACCCCACAGCUAAAUUGCGGACAGUAUGUUUUCAACAAGACGUACUGCAUUCCGCCGCACUAUCGCUGCGAUAUGAUCGAGGAUUGUGAGGACAAGUCAGACGAGGCCCAGUGCACAUACCGUAAAUGCCAGCAUACGGAUGUGUUCUGCAACUCCGCCAGUGGAGCUGCCCCCGCCGAGGGUGCCCGUCUAAUUGGACCCUGUGUACCGAAGGAGAAGCGCUGCGACGGCUACCUGGACUGCCGCACCGGACGGGACGAGGAGGGAUGCCCGGGAGUCGCCUGCCGGCUGGACCAGUUCCGCUGCGCCAGCGGACAGAAGUGCAUCGAUGCCGCUUUGAAGUGCAACCAUCGCGACGACUGCGGCGACAAUUCGGACGAACAGGCCUGCAACUUCCCGCCCUGCCAUCAUGCCCAGUUCCGGUGCUCGAAUGCCCUGUGCAUUCCGUACAACUUCCACUGCGACGGCUAUCACGACUGUGCGGACAAGAGUGACGAGGCCAAUUGCACGGCGAUUGCCUGUCCGGACAACAAGUUCCUCUGCCCCCGGGGCGGUGCCCAGGGCACUCCCAAGUGUAUCCUGAAAUCGCAACUCUGCGACGGCAAGCGGGACUGCGAGGACGGCAGCGACGAGGAGACCAACUGCUCGAUUGCCUCCUGCCCAGCUCUGGGAUGUGAAUUCAAGUGUGGACCCUCGCUGACGGGUGGCGUGUGCUACUGCAAGCCUGGCCAGUCGCUGGCCAACGACAACAGGACCUGCGUGGAUCUGGACGAGUGCGCCGAGUGGGGACACUGCGACCAGCUGUGCACCAACACCCUCGGCUCCUACACGUGCCAGUGCGCCCAGGGCUACACCCUGAUCAACGACUCCAAGUGCAUAGCCCCCGACGCCAGCAACCUGCAGCUGAUCUUCGCCCACGACCGGGCUGUCAUGAGGAUGCUGGCCCACGGCAGUGACCCCAAGAUCCUGGCCAAUGCCACGGCAGCGGCGGGUGUGACCUUCCACUAUGCCCGGAACACCCUCUACUGGUCGGACAUCAAGACACGGAAGGUGCAGUCCCUGCCCCUGGAUCCCCAAAACAAGGCGGUGUCGCCGUUCGACCAAACCCUGCCCGGAACCUGGGCGCCGGUGGCUCUGGCCGUCGACUGGGUGGGCGACAAGAUCUACGUGGCGGACCUGGUCGGCCAGAAGAUCGAUGUCUUCGAGCUGAGCGGACAGUGGCAUGCCGUCGUCCUGGGAUCGAACCUCACAUCGCCGGCUGACCUCGCCCUGGAUCCCACGGCCGGUCUCAUGUUUGUGGCCGACGGCGGGCAGGUCCUGCGGGCCCAUAUGGACGGAACCCACGCCCGGUCGAUCGUCUCCGAAGCGGCGUACAAGGCCAGCGGUGUGACGGUGGACAUCAUUGGGAAGCGCGUCUUCUGGUGCGACUCCCUCCUGGACUACAUCGAAUCGGUGGACUACGAGGGAGCGCAUCGAGUGAUGGUGCUGCGCGGCCAGCAGGUGCCGAGUCCGUCGCGCCUGGCGCUGUUCGAGAACCGAAUCUACUGGACGGACGCCACCAAGCAGGGCAUCAUGUCGGUGGACAAGUUCGAGGGACCCGCCUCCAUCCAGGUGACCUACAAGGCCAAGGACAUCCGGGAGCCCAAGGGCAUCAUUGCGGUGCACGCCCUCAGCCAGCCGAGGGUCUCGAAUCCGUGCGGCAACAACAACGGCGGCUGCAACCACAUGUGCAUCGUGACCGCGGUGAAGGGUGCACCCACGGGACUGGGCUUCCGGUGCGCCUGCUCCACGGGCUACCAGCUGGAGACCGACCUGAAGCUGUGCAAGCCGGUGAGCGAGUUCCUCAUGUACUCCCAGCAGCGGUUCAUUAAGGGCAAGGUCCUGGAGCCGGUCAUCGAGGGAUUCAGCGACGCCAUCAUGCCAGUCGUCUCCCGGCGAGCUCGCUUCGUCGGCCUGGACUUUGAUGCCCGGGAUGAGUUCAUCUACUACUCGGACGUCCUGCAGGAUGUGAUCUACAGGGUGCACCGGAACGGAACUGGCCGGGAGAUCGUUCUCGCCUCCCAGAACGAGGGCGUCGAGGGUCUGGCCGUCGACUGGGCCUCCAAGAAUCUCUACUACAUCGACUCCCGCAAGGGAACCCUCAAUGUCCUCUCCACACGCAACGUAACCCACCGCAGAACCCUCCUGAAGAACCUGAAGCGUCCCCGAGCCAUUGUGGUCCACCCCAAUAGGGGCUUCAUCUUCUUUUCCGAGUGGGAUCGUCCGGCGAACAUCACCCGCGCCAACACCGACGGCAGUGGCCUGCUGGUCUUCAAGAACGUGACUCUGGGAUGGCCCAACGGUCUCUCCAUUGACUUCAAGGAGGAUCGCGUCUACUGGUGCGAUGCUCUGCUGGAUCACGUCCAGCACGCCAACCUGGACGGCACGGACAUCAAGACAGUGAACUCCCGCCUGGUGCGCCAUCCCUUCUCCAUUGUGAUCCACAACGACUGGAUGUACAUCACGGACUGGCGCCUGGACGCCAUCAUCCGGCUGCACAAGCUGACCGGCGAGCAGGAGGAGAUGAUGGUCAGGGAGCCGCAGACCAACCGGCUGUACGGCGUCAAGGUCUACAGCCACGAAGUCCAGAGGAUCGCCGACACCCAGCCCUGCCACCGGAACAACGGCGGCUGCCAGAAGAUCUGCUUCGCGGUGCCGAUUGGCGGCCAGAACACCACCACCGGGGACGAGGCGGCCAUCGUUAGUCCCGCCAGCCUGGGUCGCCUGCAGGCCCGGUGCUCGUGCCCAUACGGCGAACGGCUGGCCGAGGAUCAGCGCACCUGUAUGCCGGAUCCCAGUGCCGAGCCACCCGUCCAGCCCUGCCCCAACUCGUGGGACUUUACGUGCAACAACCAGCGAUGCAUACCCAAGUCCUGGGUCUGCGAUGGCGAUGAUGAUUGCCUGGACAACAGCGACGAGGAGCAAAACUGUACAAAACCCACCUGCGGUGCCAACGAAUUCCAGUGCCGAUCGGGACGCUGCAUUCCCCAGAACUUCCGAUGCGACCAGGAGAACGACUGCGGCGACAACUCGGACGAGAUGGAGUGCGGCAAUGUGACCUGCGGCACCUCCCAGUUCGCCUGCGCCAACGGCCGGUGCAUCCCCAACAUGUGGAAGUGCGACAGCGAGAACGAUUGCGGCGACAGCAGCGACGAGGGUGACUUCUGUGCGGAGAAGACCUGCGCCUACUUCCAGUUCACGUGUCCGCGGACGGGCCACUGCAUCCCGCAGAGCUGGGUGUGCGACGGCGACGACGAUUGCUUCGACAAACAGGACGAGAAGGACUGCCCGCCGAUAUCCUGCCUGGCCAAUCAGUUCAAGUGCGCCGAUCUGCGGCAGUGCGUCGAGGAGUCGUACAAGUGCGACGGCAUACCGGACUGCAACGACGGAUCGGAUGAGCUGGGCUGCCCCUCCAUGGGCCCCAAUCAGUGCAAUCUGGAGAAGCACUUCCGCUGCAAGACCACCGGCUUCUGUAUACCCAUCGCCUGGCACUGUGACGGCUCCAACGACUGCUCGGAUCACUCGGACGAGCAGGACUGCGGCCAGAUCACCUGCGCCCAGAACUUCUUCAAGUGCAACAACACCAACUGCGUCUUCAAGGCCUACAUCUGCGACGGCAAGGACGACUGCGGCGACAACUCCGACGAGGGGGCCGAGCACGCCUGCGUCCCGCCGCCCUUCAAGUGCCCGCACGGCCAGUGGCAGUGCCCGGGCGUCUCGGAGCGGUGCGUCAACAUCACCUCCGUGUGCGACGACACGCCCGACUGUCCCAACGGCUCCGACGAGGGUGAGGGCUGCGACCUGGCCGAGUGCGAGCACCAGGCCGGCCAGUGCUCCAGCUUCUGCCAGAAGACCCCGAACGGAGCGCUGUGCGUCUGCCCGCCCGGCUCCGAGAUCUUCGAGGACGGCUACACGUGCAUCGACACCAACGAGUGCGAUCCUCCGGGCCUGUGCUCCCAGCAGUGCACCAACACCAAGGGCUCCUACUUCUGCUCCUGCACGGACGGCUACAUCCUGGAGCCGAACAAGCACACCUGCAAGGCCGUCAACCACACGGCCGCCUUCCUGAUCAUCUCCAACCGCCAUUCCAUCCUGGUGGCCGACCUCAAGGAGCAGGGCCUGGAGCGGGUGCCCAUCAUAGUGGAGAAUGUGGUGGCCACCGCAUCCAACAUGCACACCGGCACCAUCUUCUGGAGCGACAUGAAGCUGAAGAAGAUCUCCCGCCUGGACAGGGGCAUGGAGCCGCAAGAGAUCAUUACCACCGGACUGGACCUGGUGGAGGGCCUGGCCUACGACUGGAUCGCCCAGAACCUGUACUGGCUGGACAGCAAGCUGAACACCAUUGAGGUGUCGGCGGAGAACGGCUCCAACCGGCUGGUCCUCGUCCGGGAGAACAUCACCCAGCCGAGGGGCAUGUGCAUCGACCCGAGCCCGGGCGCCCGCUGGAUCUUCUGGACGGACUGGGGCGAGAAUCCGCGCGUAGAGCGCAUCGGCAUGGACGGCACGAUGCGGAAGACGAUCAUCAACACGAAGAUCUACUGGCCGAACGGCCUCACCCUGGACAUCGCCACCAAGCGGGUCUACUUCGCGGACUCCAAGCUGGACUUUAUCGACUUCUGCUACUACAACGGCACUGGGCGGCAGCAGGUCCUGGCCAGCAGCCACUACCUCCUGCACCCGCACUCGCUGUCCCUCUUCGAGGACACCCUCUACUGGACGGACAGGCAGCUCAACCGGGUGCUCUCCGCAAACAAGUUCCGCGGCAAGAACCAGACGGUGGUCUCCCACCUGAUCAGCCAGCCGCUGUCCAUCCACGUCCACCACGCCAGCCUGCAGCCCCUGCACCCCAAUCCCUGCGCCGGUGCCCACUGCCAGCACCUGUGCCUGCUGAGUCCGAGCGCCCCGGAGGGCUACUCCUGCAAGUGCAAGCCCGGAUUCAAGCUGCUGAGCGAGGGACGCUGCAUCGAGGAGGAGAACCCCUUCCUGAUGGUCGUCAAGGGCACCCAGAUCGUGGACCUGCCGCUGAACGGCGGGGAUGCCCGAGCCGGUGCCCUGGCGCCGGUGAUCGGAAUCGAGAGCAGCACCGGACUGGACUUUGACCGGAAGGGCGAGACCCUGUACUGGGUGCAGGGACGCGAGGAGGACGAGGAGAACUGCACCAUCUACACGACACCGUACGGAGGCGGCAACAAGACCCUCUUCCUGGGCCCCGACAGCGGAAUCGUCGGGGCACCGUACACGAUCGCCUUCGACUGGCUGGGCCGGAACCUGUACAUCGGCAACCGGGUGGCCAGCAACAUCGAGGCGGUGCGCGUGGACGGCAAGCAGCGCUACCGCGCCAUCAUCCUGGCCAACGAUGGGUAUCCCAACUCCGUGUCCCGGCCCAAGCAGAUGGCCCUGGAUCCCACGGACGGCAAGCUCUUCUGGAUCGACGAGGGCGUUCUGGAGGUGCCAGUCAAGAUCGGACGCGUGGACAUGAACGGCCAGAACCCCAAGAUCAUACUGGAGGAUGUACCGCAUCCCGAGUCGCUAGUGGUGGACAUUGAGAAGAAGCAGCUCUACUACAGCGCCAGCAAUCCCGGCCUGAUCGGCGUGAUGGACUACAACGGUGACGAGCACUCCACGAUCGUGAUGCGGGACUCGCAUCCGAUGGCGAAGCCCAGGAGUCUGGGCAUCCUGGACCACAGGCUGUACUACCUGGACCCGGUCUAUGAGAGGAUCGUCCGGGUGGACCUGCCCCACGGCGACAACCCGAAGACCAUUGUGGACAACGAGUCGGACCUGCGCUCGAUGAUGAUCUACAAGAAGCGGGCCCUGCUCCAGCAUCCCUGCCAGACGAACAACGGCGGCUGCAAGCACCUGUGCCUGCCCGGGCUCCAGGCCACGAGGUCCUGCGCCUGCGGCAUCGGCUACCGCAAGGAGAACGAGAUCAACUGCGUCAGCUACAAGACCUUUGCGGUCGUCUCCCAGCUGGACACCAUCCGGGGCUACAGUCUGGCCGACAGCUCCGAGGCCAUGCUGCCGAUCAGCGGACCGGGUCACCACAUCCUGCACGUGGACGUCCUGUUCCGGGAGCAGUGGGUCUACUGGGCGGAGUACAACCGAGGCUACUGGAACGGCAUCUUCCGGUCGAGGCCCAACGGCACUGACCUCCAGCACGUGGUGAAGCUGGGCAUCGGCAGCAACGGCAUCCGGGGCCUGACCAUCGACUGGGUGGCCGGCAAUCUCUACUUCACGAACGUCUAUCCCCACGAGAACUACGUGGAGGUGUGCUGGCUGGACGGCAGCAACCGGAAGGUGCUCGUGAAGACCACCACGGAUGCGCCAAGGGAGCUGGCCGUGAAUCCCAUCAAGCGACUGCUCUACUGGAUCGACUACGGCCAGCACCCGAGGAUCGGCAAGGCCCUCCUGGACGGCAACAAGUGGACUCCAUUGGUGACCUCUGGCAUCUCCAUGCCCCGGGAUCUCACCAUCGACAUGCAGACGCACGACAUCUUCUGGGUGGACUCCAAGCUGGACACGAUCCAGAAGAUCUCGUACAACGGCGCCAACCGCAAGGUGAUCCGUCGGGACCUGCCCAAUCCCAUGGGCAUUGCCGUCUACCUGAACGACGUCUACUGGGUGGACCGGAACCUGAUGACGGUCUUCAAGGCCUCCAAGCACAGCGCCAACGAGACGGCCACCCGCGUCCGGACGAACCUCGAGAAGCUCCGCGACAUCGCCAUCUACAACAUCAACAACCAGCCCACGGACGACGCCAACCCGUGCGCCCACCUCGGCAACGGUGGGUGCGACCAGCUGUGCUUCAGCUUCCCGCCGGACAGUGGAGUCACUGGACCAUCCGGACGGAACUUCCGCUGCGACUGUGCCACCGGAAAGCUGAGCUCCGACGAACGAAAGUGCGAGACCGUCAACGAGUAUCUGGUGUUCGCCACGAGGACCGAGAUCCGGGCUGUGAACCUGGACCCCCAUUCCACGGAGGUGCCGUUCACGCCGCUGACCAACCUCACCAAUGUGGUGGGCCUGGACUUUGACUUCGCCGAGAACCACAUGCUGUACACCCAGAUCCGACCCUGGGCCAAGAUCGCCUACACGAAGGCCAACAAGCCCAGCCACGACGACAUCAAGGUGGUCCUCAACAAGGGCAUCAAUCCCGAGGGCAUCGCCUACGACUGGACCCAGAAGAAGAUCUACUGGACGGACAGCUCCAACAACUCCAUCUACGCCAUGAACCUGGACGGCUCCGAGCUGGUGAUGAUCACCAGGGUGGAGCGUCCGCGCGCCAUCGUCCUGGAUCCCUGCAACGGCACCCUCUUCUUCACGGACUGGGGCAGGUUCGGAACCUCCGGCAAGAUCUUCCGGACCACGAUGGCCGGAUCGCUGAAGCGGGCAAUUGUGGACAAGGAUCUGUCGCAGCCGAGUGGCCUGGCGAUCGACUACGACGAGCGGCGGCUGUACUGGACGGACGCGGUGCGCGAGAAGAUCGAACGAUCGGACCUGGAUGGCCAGAACCGGGAGCUGCUGGUGGCGGCCACCAUAUACCCGUUCGCGAUCACCGUCUUCCGGAACUACAUCUACUGGACGGACCUGCAGCUGCGCGGCGUGUACCGGGCGGAGAAGCACACGGGCGCCAACAUGGUGGAGAUGGUGAAGCGGCUGGAGGACUCGCCGCGCGACAUCCGCAUCUACAGCUCCGACCGACAGAAGUGCACCGUCAAUCCCUGCCUGAUCAAUAAUGGUGGCUGCGCCCAGAGCUGCCAUCCGGUGGCCAACGGCAAGACGGAGUGCAAGUGCGACGACAACACCAAGGUGGUCAACGAGGGCAGGAUGUGUGCGCCGCGGAACAAUACGUGCGAGGCCAGCAAGUUCUACUGCAAGAACGGCAGGUGCAUCUCCAGGAUGUGGUCGUGCGACGGUGACGACGACUGCGGCGACAACUCCGACGAGGAUCCCAACUACUGCGCCUACCACUCCUGCUCGCCGAACGAGUUCCGGUGCAACAACGGUCGGUGCAUCUUCAAGUCGUGGAAGUGCGACCACGAGAACGACUGCAAGGACGAUUCGGACGAGAUCGGAUGCACCUACCCGCCGUGCGUCGACGGGGAGUUCACCUGCGCCAACGGUCGGUGCAUACCGCAGGCCCAGGUCUGCAACGGCGUCAACGACUGCAAGGACAACGCCACCUCGGACGAGACCCACGAACGCUGCCCCAUGAACACCACCUGUCCGGCCAACCAUCUCAAGUGCGAGAAGACGAACAUCUGCGUGGAGCCGUACUGGCUGUGCGACGGCGACAACGAUUGCGGCGACAACUCUGACGAGGAUCCGCUGCACUGCGGCCAGAGGACCUGCCCGACGAACAGCUUCCGGUGCCCCAACCAUCGCUGCAUCCCAGCCACCUGGUACUGCGACGGAGACGAUGACUGCGGCGAUGGGGCCGACGAGCCGCCAGAUUACUGCAAGUCCGAGGGACGCACCUGCUUCGGGGAUCUGUUCACCUGCGACAACGGCAACUGCAUCCCCAGGAUCUACAUAUGCGACGGCGACAACGACUGUCUGGACAACAGUGACGAGGACAACAGGCAUCAGUGCAAUGAUAGGAAGUGUGAUGAGGAGACGGAGUUCACGUGCGUGGAGAACAAGUCCUGGCAGCGGGCGCAGUGCAUUCCCAAGAAGUGGAUCUGCGACGGCGAUCCAGACUGUGUGGACGGCGCCGAUGAGAACACCACGCUGCACAACUGCGCCACCCAGCAGCCCUGCGGCGAGGACAUGUUCACCUGCGGCAACGGCCGGUGCAUCAACAAGGGCUGGAUCUGCGACCAUGACAACGACUGCGGCGACGGCACGGAUGAAGGCAAGUUCUGCAACUCCAAGUACAAGACGUGCUCGACGCAGGAGUUCACCUGCCAGAACUUCAAGUGCAUCCGGAACCAGUACCGGUGCGACGGCGAGGACGACUGCGGCGACCACUCGGACGAGGUGGGCUGCAAGAAGGACAACGUCACCUGCCCGCAGGGUCAGUUCGCCUGCACCAAUGGCCAGUGCAUCGACUACAGUCUGGUGUGCAACAAGUAUCCGGACUGCGCCGACGAGUCGGACGAGCCGGCCCACUGCAACGUGGACGAGUGCGCCAAGGUGGAGAUCAACCAGUGCGGCCACAAGUGCGUGGACACCCUCACCGGCUACUACUGCGACUGCAACGAAGGCUACAAACUCCUGGCUGACGGCAAGGCUUGCGCGGAUGUGGACGAGUGCCUGGAGCAGCCGGGCGCCUGUUCGCAGCACUGCUCCAACACCCCCGGCGGCUACUACUGCAAGUGCGACGAGAAGUACUACGAGCGGGAGAACGACGAGCACAAAUGCAAGCGGAAGGACAACAUCCCGCCCUGGCUGAUCUUCACCAACAAGUACUACGUGCGGAACAUGUCGGUGGACGGCCACCAGUACAACCUGAUGCACCAGGACCUGAUGAACGUGGUGGCCCUGGACUUUGAUAUUCGCGAGGAGUACAUGUACUUCUGCGACGUCACCGCCAAGACCAUCUUCCGGGCCAAGUACGGCUCCGCUGAUGAUGAGACGCCGCCGGAGCGGGAGGCCGUCAUCCGACACGACUCGCACGGCCUGGAGGGCAUCGCCAUUGACUGGGUGGGCCGCAAGCUCUACUGGCUGGACAGGCACUCCAAGAACCUGGACGUGGCCGAGCUGGACGGCACCAAGCGCAAGACUCUGCGCAGCGGCGUGGUGGAUCCUCGGGCCAUUGUCGUCCAUCCGGGCACCGGGUACCUGUACUUCACGUCCUGGCACCUGCAGGCCUACAUCGCCAAGAUGGGCAUGGACGGCUCCAACUUCACCACGAUCCUGAACUGGAACGACGGCAUCGCCUGGCCGAACGCCCUCUCCAUCGACUACUUCACCGAUCGCAUCUACUGGGCCGAUGCCCACUUGGACUACAUCGCCUAUGCGGAUCUGGAGGGCCGGCACCGGCACACCGUCAUGUCCGGCAGCAAGGUGCCGCACGUGUUCGCGCUGAGCCUGUUCGACGACUUCAUCUACUGGAGUGACUGGAACCUGAAGGCCAUCGUGCGGGCGAACAAGUUCCACGGCGCCAACUACACGGUCCUCCGGAAUACCACCCACCGCCCCUACGACCUGCACAUCAACCACCCGCUCCGCCAGCAGCCGUACAACAAUCCCUGCGGCACCGACAAUGGCGGAUGCUCCCAUCUCUGCCUGAUCGCCCCGCCGCCGGAGUCCACGUACCUGAACAUCGAGGGCUACAUCGAGGAGGGGGCGCCCAUCCACAAGUGCGCCUGCCCCAACCAGUUCUACCUGGCUAGGGACAUGAAGACCUGCAUUGCCAACUGCACGGCCGGGCAGCAUCUGUGCGGCGGCAAGGACGAGAAGUGCAUCCCCUGGUUCUGGAAGUGCGACGGCGAGAAGGACUGCAAGGAUGGAUCCGACGAGCCGGCCACCUGCGCCCCGCGCCACUGCCGGGCGGGCACCUUCCAGUGCAAGAACACCAACUGCACGCCCUCGGCCACCAUCUGCGACGGAGUGGACGACUGCGGCGACCGCAGCGACGAACAGAACUGCGACCUGCCCUGCCCGCUCUCCGACUUCAAGUGCAAGUCCAGCGGAAGGUGUAUCCUGGACAGCUGGCGCUGCGAUGGCGAUGCCGACUGCAAGGAUGGCAGCGACGAGGAUCCAGCAGUGUGUUACAAGCGCACCUGCGACCCGAAAACGGAGUUCUCCUGCAAGAACGGACGCUGCAUCCCGCAGCUGUGGAUGUGCGACUUUGACAACGACUGCGGCGAUGACUCCGACGAGCCGGCGUACAUGUGCCGCCAGAGGAACUGCACCACCGGGUGGCAGCGCUGCCCCGGACAGUCCAACUACCGCUGCAUCCCCAAGUGGCUGUUCUGCGACGGCAAGGACGACUGUCGCGACAACAGCGACGAGUUGCCGGAGAACUGUCCCAAGUGCAACCCCGAAACGGACUUCAAGUGCGGCAACAACCGAUGCAUACCCAAGCAAUGGAUGUGCGACUUUGCGGACGAUUGUGGAGAUGCCAGCGAUGAGAACGAUGCCAUCUGCAAGGGACGCUACCGCGACUGCUCGGAGUCCGAGUUCCGGUGCGGCAACGGCAAGUGCAUCUCGUCGAGGUGGCAGUGCGACCACGAGGACGACUGCGGCGACAACUCGGACGAGAUGCACUGCGAGGGCUAUCAGUGCAAGAACGGCACCUUCCAGUGCGCCUCCGGCCACUGCAUUGCCUCCUAUUUCCGGUGCGAUGGGGAUCGCGACUGUCGGGAUAUGUCGGACGAGGUGGGCUGCCCGCCCCGCUUCCCCGGCGGACGCUACUGUCCGGAAUCGCGCUACCAGUGCAACAACAACCUGUGCGUAUCGCUAUCGGAUCUGUGCGAUGGUACGGACGACUGCGGCGACGGCAGCGACGAGGAUCCGAGCGUGUGCAGCGACUUCAACUGCGACACGUUGCGGCGGUUCCAGUGCGCCAAUCACCGGUGCGUGGCCCGCUACCAGAUCUGCGACGGUGUGGACAACUGCGGCGACGGCAGUGACGAGAACAACAUGACCCUGUGCGCCAGCAAACAGAAGCCGUGCGACCUCUACACCCAGUACCAGUGCGCCAACAAGCACUGCAUCGAACGGUCCCAGGUGUGCGACUUCUCCGACGACUGCGGCGACGUCAGCGACGAGCUGGGCUGCCACCAUACCAGCAGCUGCUCCGAACAGAACCGCGGCGGCUGCCAGCACCAUUGCCACAACCUGACCGAGGGUGGAUACAUCUGCACCUGCUAUCCGGGCUAUAUCAUAGCGCUGGACAACAAGAAGAAGUGCACGGACGUGGACGAGUGCCUCACCAGGCAGCACACCUGCUCGCACCAGUGCCAUAACCUCAACGGUACCUACAGCUGCAGCUGUCGCGAGGGCUUCCAGCUGACGGACGCAGCCAGCGGCGUAUGCCGGGCCGAGAAGGAGGACGUGAUCCUGGUCUUCGCGAACGGGCAGGAGAUACGAGGCCUGGACCUCCAGAAGCGGGAGGAGUUCGAUGUGAUCGCCGCCGAGAAGAGGAUCGAGGCGCUGGACUACGAUGCCCAGCAGCAGAUCGUGUUCUGGGCCGACAGCUAUGACAAGACCAUCAAGCGCUCCUACAUGGUCAACGCCAUCGACGGCCGGGCCAAGAUCGGCUUCGCCCAGGACCUGAACAUGAAGGGCGGCUCCAAGCCCACCGCCGUCGCUGUCGACUGGCUGGCCUCGAAUCUCUACUGGACGGAAAUGGAUCGCACCGGUUCCAAGCCGCGUGGACGCGUCAUGGUGGCCAAGACCGAUGGUCGCUACCGGCGAUCCAUUGUCAAUGCCGGCCUGGAGGUGCCCACCUCCAUUGCCGUGAACCCGCAGCUGGGACGCAUCUACUGGUCGGACGCUGGAUCGGCGCCCAAGAUCGAGGUCUCCUGGAUGGACGGCUCCAAGAGGAGGCCACUGAUCACCGAACAGAUUCGUCAUCCGGCUGGCCUGACCAUCGACUACUCGCAGGACCAUAUCAUCUACUGGGUGGACACCAAGCUGAACGCCAUUGAGUCCAUGAGGGCCGAUGGCUCCCGGAGGAAGGCCAUUGUGAAGGGCGACCAGCUGAGGCAUCCGGUGUCCCUGGACCUGUUUGAGUCGAACAUGUUCUGGAUGACGCGGGACACCGGCGAGCUGCUGCGCCAGGAUAAGUUCGGACGCGGCGUGCAGGUGGUGCUCCACCAGAAUCUCAUCAAUCCGUCCGGCCUGAAGGUCUACCACGACAAGCGCUACAACACCUCGCUUCCGAAUCCGUGCGACAACUCCACCUGCUCCCAUCUAUGCCUGCUGGUGCCCGGCGGCCAUCGCUGCGCCUGCCCCGACACCUCCGGGCCACCGCCCUCGCAUCGCAGCACCGCCGAGGUGAUCUGCGACGCCGCCGCCGAGCAUCCGCGUCCCGCGCCCAGGAUCUGUCCCUGCCAAAACGGCGGACUCUGCAAGGAGGACGCCCAGGGCGAGCUCGUCUGCGAGUGCCUGGCCGAAUUCCGGGGCGACCACUGCGAGACGAGCACCACCGGCGCCUUUGGCCAUGGCGGCGCCAAUGUCACCGCUGUGGUGGUGCCCAUCAUGGUUAUUCUCCUCGUGAUGAUGGCCGCCGCCGGGGCCUGGUACGUCAUCCGCAAGAGGCCAUUUGGAAAACUGGCUCGCAUGCCGGCGAUGACCUCGUCGCAGAGCGUGACCUUCCGGCAUGGCUCGAACGUGGAGUUCAGCGAGAGCGGCUUCCCGGGCGCCUCGGCUCCGGGGGCGGGCGAUGUGGCGCCCAUUGAGGGCUACAACCUCCAGACGGUGAACGCGAACAAGGCUCGCGACUUUGCCAAUCCGAUGUACGAUGCCGUGCAAUCGGGAACCACCGCCGAUCCAGGAAUGGGCAAUGGUUCCGGCAUCUAUGAUGUGCCUGGCGAGCCCUCGGGUAAGGGCAAGGCGAUGGGCCAUCAUGCUGGAGGAUCCUUUACGGAGCCAGCCUCGGCGAUCAUAGCACCGAGCAGCAUCACGCACAAGGCGUCACCGCAGCUGCAGCUGCGCACUAGGGAACUGGAUCCGUCGGCGGAUACCGGCAAGGAUACACAGUUCCUGGUGGAGGAGGACAAGUCCGAGUGCUGAUAUCAAGCCCCACGUCGUGGGCGCCAGUCGGCGGCUGCCGUUGCGAUUGCAGUGGCCGUGGGCUGUCGCCAGCAGCGCCGGAGUCAGGUAGACUCUGGCGAGAGUGGCGGCGGCGUGUAUCCCCUUCAGACAUAACAAUGACUGCCGAUGGCCGGCGGUCUAAGGCGGAGGGAUAACAAGGACAGUAGCAGUAACAGCAUCAGCAAGGAUAUGGACACGCAAUCGCAACAGCAGCCGCAAAAUCAUCAGCAGGAACAGGGACGCUCUUCUGCUACUUCUUCUAGUAGUAAACAUCACAAAUCCUGGCAGGUAGCCACCGCUGGAAAGCUCACCACCAAGGUCUAAAACCUGGCCAAAAAAAAAAAUAACAAAAAAAAAAAGGAUAAUUUUUUACACACACA